UUUCUGAUUGUGAUAAAUCAACAUGAAGUUUUGUUCUAAUAUAGCUGCUCUGCUUAUAGCAGCUUGUCUGUUUGUGCCCUCUUAUUCUGUCCUCCCAAAACCUGGGAUCUGUCCAAAAGAAGCUAUUCUCCUGCCUUUACCACCAUGUGACAAUGACACGGAUUGCUCUGGAGCUGACAAAUGCUGCAAGUAUGGAAAUGAAACCCUCUGCGCCCCUCCUAGUACAAGAUCUCGCAGAGCUUCAAUAAAACCAGGUCAAUGUCCGAAGUUCUUUGAAUCCUUCGCACCGUUGCAGCCAUGUCGCAGAGACAGAAACUGCCCUGGAAUGGAAAAAUGCUGCAUGUUUGACUAUGGAUCUUUUUGUGUCCCUCCUAAGCRACCUGCUCUUGGGUGUCCACCUCAUGGAAGGUUUGGGCCUUGUAUUGACGCAUGUUUUGAUGGAUGCCAAAAUGGUCAGAUGUGCUGCCCUAAUGGUUGUGGACGACAGUGCAUGACACCAGUACCAGUUUAGCCAAACUUUGUGGAUGACAUCUAUUCAUCCUUCACUGACAUGAUGGUAAUGCUGGUGAAUGCAGCAGAAGUGCUCUCUGAACAGAUGUGGUUACCAAGUGAAUGCUUGGCAAAUAAACUCAAUAUUGAUGCUUUUUA